AUAGAGUGGAUUUUCUUUGGAACAUUGCAAAGAGCCCGGACCCGAACGGAGUCGUGUAGCUAGAGUUCGAUCAAUUUCGAAUGACCACACAGGGCUCUUGAAAGAAUUAAUCUGGUAACCCGAAGAAUCCAAGUGGAAAUCUGAAAGUCAAAAGCACCAGAAGAAGCCGAUGAAGCGACCAAACGCCUUGCUAUGCCCUGUGGGGUAUUGUCUCUUACUGCUGAUCCAAUUUCUUCUUGUCGGUUCUUCAGUCACAAGAGACCUUCUUCAUCGCGAUAUCCUUACUCAAGACUACAACCGAUACACGCAGCCUGUUCACAAUGAAAGCGUGGCCCUUGAGGUGCUCGUGACAGCAGACUUGAUGCAAAUACUGAACUUGGACGAAGCCCACCAGGUGCUAACAACGCUUUUGUGGAUCACCACGAAAUAUGUGGACUAUCGCCUGGCGUGGGACCCAGAGAAAUAUGACAACGUAACUGACAUGUAUUUACCUCAAAAGUCGCUAUGGAAACCAGAUCUUUACAUUAUCAACACGGCUGAGGGUGACGGUCACGUGUUUGGUAGUAAUGAGGAAGACCUGGCAAUAGUACAAAAUACGGGACUUGUAUACUCACAAAUGGGGAAACAGGUGGCCACGUUUUGCUCACUCGAUCUCACCAGAUUCCCUUUUGACCAGCAGAACUGCUGUAUCAGAAUGAUGUCCAACGUGGUCAGGGACUCUUUGGUCAACUUGACCACUGUUCCUCACGGGUUCUCGAUGGAGAAGUUCUUCACCAGUAUCGAAUGGGAGGUUCUGGAUACGAAGGCGGAAGAACAGUUUGACCUGUGGGACAACCCCUUCUCCACGCUGGAAACUGAAAAGCUUCACUGGAAGGAACUGCGUUUCUGUAUCCGUAUACGGCGUGCAAUGUCGUUCUUCACAAUAGCCAUGUGUCUGCCGUGCAUCAUACUGUGUGCGCUGUCUUUGCUAGUGUUUCUUAUGCCACCGGGUUCCGGGGAGAAAAUGUCUGUAGGUAUGACGUGCUGGACCGCCCUCGUGGUGUUUUUGUUGAUCCUGGACGGUCCCUGGGACGGGCUCACAGGUGCCUCUUAUAGUUCUGUAUGCACCCUGCGGAUGUAUCACCAUGGUAACGACGGCUCGCGACCACCCACGUGGCUCUACCAGCUUUGCAAGCAACUCAGCCGCGUCGCUUGUGUGCAAAUUCCAGACAGAGACCCAAUGCGACGCAAGAGCUGUGUUUCCACCACCGACGAGCGCGGGAAGGCCAAGGGGCAGCAAGGACCUGCUAACAGCACAACGGAACCCCUGAAUGGCGGGCCAAACGACCACGUGGUUGAAGAAGAGCCCUUUAACGUGAGUGGUUAUGCUGAGUGCAAACUUGAUGGGCCACCUCAGUCCAAUGGUGUUCAUGGGAAAAAGUUGAACCAACGCAUCGAGUGUCCGUGA